GGCAAAUGUCUAUUUCCAGGUAAAUUCAGUGGGACAUUAAAGAGUUUCCAGAAGGUUUGCUUUUCAAUGAGAAAUAAACUUGAGUGGUAUCAGAGUGAAAGUUUCUCUAAAUGGCAACUACAUACAUAUGAGAAAGAAAAUAAUACUGUCCUCAGGCCAUGCAUGAAACUGCCUGCUUGUCUUCUUUAUAGGGCAGAAGUCUAAGCAUCUAAGAGGGAGUCCCAUGAUGGCAGGUGAAGCCCACAACAGCUCUGGGUUGCCUCCCUUCAUCUUGACAGGACUGCCAGGGCUGGAGACCUCUCAGCAUUGGUUGUUUCUGCUCCUGGGUGUCCUCUACACCAUCUCCAUAGUGGGCAAUGCCCUGAUACUUUUCAUCAUCAAAGAAGAACAGAGUCUGCACCAGCCCAUGUACUACUUCCUGUCUCUGCUGUCAAUCAAUGACCUGGGUGUGUCUUUCUCCACACUGCCCACAGUCCUGGCUGUGUUUUGCUUCCACUUAAGAGAAAUCAGUUUUAACUCUUGCAUGUCCCAAAUGUUCUUUAUUCAUCUCUUCUCUUUCAUGGAGUCUGGGAUCCUGCUGGCCAUGAGCUUUGAUCGUUAUGUAGCCAUCUGUAACCCACUGCGCUACUCCACAGUGCUCACUGAUGCCCGGGUGGUGUGGAUGGGGAUAUGUGUUUUUCUUCGAAGUUGUUGCAUGAUUUUCCCAUUACCUUUCCUCCUGAAGAGGUUGCCCUUCUGCAAGGCUAAUGUGCUCUCCCAUGCCUACUGCCUUCAUCCAGAUCUGAUUCGCCUGCCCUGUGGUGAUAUCACCAUUAAUAACAUAUUUGGUCUCUUCAUAGUCAUCUCUACCUUUGGACUUGAUUCUGCUCUCAUUCUCCUCUCUUAUGUGCUCAUACUUCGCUCUGUACUGGCUAUUGCCUCCCAGGAAGAAAGGCUGAAGACCCUAAACACGUGUGUGUCACACCUGUGUGCUGUGCUAAUAUUCUACGUGCCCAUGGUAGGUGUGUCCAUGGCUGCUCGCUAUGGGAGGCAUGCCCCACGGUAUGUGCAUACGCUCCUGUCUCUUGUUUAUCUGUUUGUGCCUCCAAUGCUCAACCCUGUUAUCUAUUCCAUCAAAACCAAGGAGAUUCGUAGAAGGCUUUCCAAAAUCCUGCUGGGGACCAAAUUUUGAGCUGGAGAAGGUAAGGUCAAUGUUGCUUACCCUGACUGCACCACCUUGUUCUCUGAAGACCUGCAGACCUGCUUCG